AAUUUUAAAUUAUUUUUUAAAUUAUUUUUUUUUUUAAUAACUAAUGAUUGAUAAUUAAAAUAAUAAUAAUAAAAAUAAUAAUAAUAAUAAUAAUAAUAAUAAUAAAAUACAGCAUAAAUAAUAGCAUAGUAUAUAUACAUACAUAAUACAUACACUUUCACCCACAGACAUUUUUAUUUUAUUUUUAAUUUCUUUUUUUUUAUUUAAAUAAAAAAUAUACAUAAUAAUUUUAUUUUUUUGUUUUUAAUAUUUUGCACAAAGAACAAUAAUUUAUAUAGUUUUAUAAAUAUAUAUUUUAUAUAUAUUUUAUAUAUAUAUAUUAAAUAAUAAGCAAUAAUCAACAAUAAUCAACAAUAAUCAACAAUAAUCAACAAUAAUCAACAAUAAUCAACAACAACCAACAUAUAACAAAAAAAAAGAAAUAAUUAGGAAUCAGUAAUAUAUAUAUAUAUUUAGCUAUAUAAUUUAUUACAUAUCAUAUUUUUUUAUUUAUUUAUUUUAUUUAUUUAUUUAUUUAUUUAUUUAUAUUUAUUUAUUUAUUUUAUCUAUAAUAUUCAUCCUGUGUACAUAAUUCAAAAAUAAUAAUAAUAAUAACAAAAACAAAAAAUAAAAAUUUUAAAAGAAAUAAAUAAUAUAAGAAAAUAAAGUUUAUUUUAAAUACUCAAUAAUAAUUGUGGUCAUAAAAACUAUAUAAGUAAUUUAUAUAAAAGCACAAUUAUAAUCACCAAUGAAUUUUUUUUACAAUGGAAACAACAACACCACCCAAUAGUAAUAAAACAGAAGAUUGUUGUAACAAAAGAAAAAAUGGAUUUAUGGAUAGUGAAGAAAGAUUUAAUAAAAAAUUAAAAACAGAUAAUUUAUUACCACAACAAAGUUUUUGUAAAGAUGUAGCAUUUGAGGAUAUUGGUAGUCAAUGUUAUUUUAAUAAUUUAUUAUCAGUAGAAUUAAUCGUAAAAAUUUUUGGAAUGUGUGACCCGUUUACAACACCAUUGGUAUAUGUUUGCAAAUAUUGGCUUAAUGUUUUAAUUAAUAAUCAAAUUUCAUUAUGGAGAGAUUUAUCAAUUACCAUCUUUGAAAAAAAGCCUUCAACCUUUACCCCAAAAUGUGAUAGUGUAGUCUCUUUCUUUGAUAAAGGCUUUGGUAAAGGUUUACAUAAUUUUUCAAUCUCUUCAACAUUUUCAAAUAAAAAUAAUAAUCAUAAUAACAACCACAACAAUAUCAAUAGUCAAGUAAAUGGAGGUAAUAAUAGUAAUUUUAAUAGCAAUAAUAGUAAUAGAAGGAUGAUUAGAGAAUCAAUAUACAAUGGAAAUAUUAAUAUUUCACAAUCUAAUAACAAUAGUAAUAAUAGUAAUAGUAAUAUAAGUACAACAACUACUACAACUACAUCUACAACCAGUACUACUACAAUGCUAAAUAGUAAUAGAUUAAAUAAUAUAAAUAAUGUAUAUAAUAACAGAAGUAAUAUUCACAACUGUAAUAUUGUUAAUUUUACUAAAACUAUAAGUGAACAUUUAUCAAAUUGUAUAAAUUUAAAAAGUUUAGAUCUCAUUUUGCCAUUAACAAGUGAACAAAUGAUAAAGAUAGCCAAAAACUGUAAAUAUAUCAAUGUACUUAGUUUCAAUACAUUAUUAAUCAAUGACGAAGGUAUAAAGAAAGCAUUGUCUAUAAUGAAAAACCUGGAUACACUCGCCUUGAUGGCAUCUGGUCAUGCUAACCAAGAAUUUAUAAAAAGAUUAGACCAGCCAUGGACACCAAAAUCCACUAUAUCCCCAGUAGCAUUAACAAAUAUUGCCUCCAAUGUACCAAAUUUAAAAAGUUUGAAAUUUUCAUUACUUCCAAAUUUUAAUAACCACAAAGAACUCUCAAAUAUAAUAAAUGACCCAAGUGAAACCAUAGUUCUACCACAAAUUUUAGAUGAAAAUGAAACACCAACACAAGACGAACAAGAAAUGGAAAUAGAAUCAGAACAAGAAGAAAAGCAAAAUAUAUCAAUAAAAAAGAAAAUAGAAAACCCAUAUUCAUCCUUAUUAAAAUUCAAACUAUUAAAAGAAUUAGAAUUGAUGAACUGCAAUGUUUCAAAUGAAUUUUUAAUUAAAGCCUUUUUAAAUCAAAACUCAAUUAUAGAAAGAAUGGUUCUCUAUAGGAACACUUUAAUUACUGAGCUAAAGUUUACCUGUGACUCCUUAAAGUAUCUUAGUCUAUCAUGCUUGCCAAUGCUCCAAUCAAUUGAAAUUAGCUCUUUUUCACUUUUAGAAAUUUCAUUAGAAGGUUGCGAAAGUCUACAAUCAACUGUUAUUAAUGCUCCUAAUUUGGAAUCAUUUUCUAUGGAAAGCUGUACUGGUAAGCUUUCAUUAGAAGCCAUUCAAUGCAAAUCCAUUUCCUUAUUCGAGUGCAGAGAUAUCGAAGAAGAAUCAUUAGAACAAAUAAUAGAUAGCUUGCCAAGCUUAACCGAGUUUCAUGGAUACUUGGAGGGUGUUGAAAAUCUUCGUAUUGCUUCUCAAACAAUUAAAAAGAUCGAUAUUGAAGCUUGGCACGGGAUAUCAUCGGUUGUAUUAGAUUGUCCAAAACUUAAAGAGCUUAAAGCAUCAGAGUCCACAUCCCUAGAAACCCUUUAUUUAAAAGCUGGUCAUGUCUCUGUCAUUGAAUUAGACUUUUGUGACUCUCUUAGAACCAUUCUCAUUGAUGUCCUAUCUUGUAAACAAUUCUCUUUAACUCAAAGCCAUCCAACAUCCUCAAACUUUAACGUUGACCUUAGAGACAUCAAUGACUCUGAUCCAUUUUUAUCACCAACUUCAUUAUUUUUCCAAUCUCAAAAAUAUAUUCAAAAUUGUACAAUACUAAGUGGUAAUAUAAUUGGUAAACUAUCAACAAAUUUAAUAGGAAACCUAUCCGUCGAGUUAAAGUCUUUAAGUACUUUUUCUUAUGAUGCCACCAAAAUUAAUAAACUAAACACAUAUAGAGAGAUUAGAACUUCAGGUGGUAAUAUUAGAUUUACUCCUGUUGGUUAUCAACAACCACAACAACAACAACAACAACAACAACCACAACAACUACAACAACACUAUAAAAACUAUUCAAACCAACAAUCUAAACAAUAUUCACAACCCCUAUAUCAACAACCACAACAACAACCACAACCACAACAACCAGAACAGUAUUUAAAUGAUUUUGAAGAAUUAUCUUACAAUAACAAUAUAUACAAAAGAAGAAAUAGUCUUUCAAGAUCCCCAAAGAGUGGAGGAACAAGUCCAUCCUCAUUUGAAUACUCAUAUAGAACAUCAUAUAAUUGCUCAGGCCUUAUAGAUGAAUAUGGUUGUAAUUUUUAAAUAUAUAGUGAUAAAAAAAACUAAAAAAACUAAAAAAUACAUAAAACUUUUUUUUUUUUAAUAAACUAAUUCUUUUUAUUUUAAAAUAAACAGCAAAUAUAUAAUUUAAUAUUUUAUACACAUUGUAUAUUAUUUAAAUAUAUAUUUAAAAAAACU